AUGGUUGACUGGCAAAGGGUUUGUGGUAGCUCAGCCAUGGGUGACUGGCAAAGGGUUUGUGGUAGCCCAACCAUGGUUGACUGGCGAAGGGUGGCUGGCAAAGGGUUUUUGGAAGCCCUGUCAUGGGUGGCUGGUGAAAGGUGUGUGUUAGCCCAGCCAUGGGUUACUGGUAAAGGGUUUGUGGAAGCCCAGCCAUGGGGACUGGCGAAAGGGUUUUUGGAAGCCCAGCCAUGGGUGGCUGGUGAAGGGUUUGUGGAAGCCCAGCCAUGGGUGACGGGUGAGGUGUUUGUGGUAGCCCAGCCAUGGGUGACUGGCAAAGGGUUUGUGGAAGCCCCAACAUGGGUGACUGGCAAAGGGUUUGUUGUAGCCCAGCCAUGGGUGACUGGUGAAAGGUUUGUGGAAGCCCAGCCAUGGGUGACUGACAAAGAGAUCUUUGAAGCCCAGCCAUGGGUUACUGGUAAAGGGUUUGUGGAAGCCCAGCCAUGGGUGACUGGCGAAAAAGUUUGUGGUAGCCCAGGCAAGGGUGACUGGCAAAGGGUUUGUGGAAGCCCGACACGGGUGAAUGGCGAAAGGUUUGUGGUAGCCCAACCAUGGGUGACUGGCAAAGGGUUUGUGGUAGCUCAGCCAUGGGUGACUGGCGAAGGGUUUGUGGAAGCCCAGCCAUGGGUGACGGGUGAAGGGUUUGUGGAAGCCCAGCCAUGGGUGACGGGCGAAGGGUUUGUGAAAGCCCAGCCAUAG